GCAGAGAUCGCGAAAUGCCUCGCUCGAGAAUCCUCGACUUUGCUGGGGUUCCUCACCCGCACCAUCCUCAACCAUGCCGGACCGGUCUACGCGAUCCAUUAGUCCUGUCGAGCACUAUGGUGGGGGUAUGAAACGCCGGAGAGACUCGACCCUUCUCAAUCCCAAAUCCUACGUUGCGCCUGAAGUAUGGACGCAAGCACCCUUGUUGACAGGCACCACCAAGUUCGAGCCUUUGCCGAACAUUAAGAAUAUCAUGGUCACUGGUGGCGCAGGCUUCAUAGCAUGCUGGUUCGUCCGCCACCUGACCCUGACGUACCCCGAGUACAACGUCGUAUCGUUCGACAAGCUAGACUACUGCGCAACCCUCAACAACACCCGCGUUCUGGACAAUCACCCAAAUUUUGCUUUCGAGCAGGGCGACAUCACCUCAGACGCAGAUGUGAAGAAGUGCCUACGGAAACACAAGAUCGACACUAUUUUUCACUUCGCUGCCCAAUCACACGUCGAUCUCAGUUUCGGGAACUCGUACCAGUUUACCAACACAAAUGUUUAUGGGACGCACGUGCUGCUGGAGAGGGCGAGGGCGCAUGGAGUGAAGAGGUUCAUUCACAUUUCGACUGAUGAGGUUUAUGGGGACGUGGCGGACGACGCGGACGAUUUGAGCGAGACGAGCUUGCUUGCGCCUACGAAUCCGUAUUCAGCGAGCAAGGCGGCGGCGGAGAUGAUGGUCAAUGCAUAUCGGAAGAGCUUCAAGUUGCCAGUCAUUACAGUGCGAGCGAAUAACGUGUAUGGGCCACAUCAGUUUCCAGAGAAAAUCAUACCCAAGUUCAUAAUGUUGCUUCAUCGGGGGAGCAAGCUACUUGUUCAUGGCGACGGCUCACCAACGCGACGAUACCUGUACGCUGGGGACAUUGUAGACGCCUUGGACACGAUUUUUCAUAAGGGUGUAAUUGGUCAGAUUUACAACAUUGCGUCCAAAGAUGAAGUUUCGAACACCGAAAUAUGUCACAAGCUACUAGACAUCUUCGGUUUGCCACACAGCACGCCUGAAGAGUUCGGAAAAUGGGUCGAGCACACCGAAGACCGGCCGUUCAACGACCACCGGUAUGCCACCGACGGUGCAAAGCUGGCGCUGUUGGGAUGGUAUCCUAAGACGGACUUUGAUGACGGAUUGAAAAUGACUGUAGACUGGUAUCGACGUUUCGGCGAACAGUGGUGGGGAGACAUCAGCCGAAUCCUGACUCCAUUUCCGGUCAUUGAGGGAAAUGAAGUCUGGACAAGAGAAGAACAUGACGCGCUGCCCUCAGAUGGGGAGCUAGGACCAGAGGAGAAGCGAAUAGCGUGGACGAAGAAGGCACUGCAUAACCUCCAAGCUUCUAGCGACACGUUCGAACGACGAACCCGCCCCGACGCUGCACUUUAGCUGACUACGAAGAGCACCAGUCCUUCGGUCCAACGGCUUCACGACCACUCUGUCCGCGAAGGUGAUCGUAUGUCAUUAUCACGAGGUCUGCUAUCUCCCAGACAUGGUCGU